AUGUCUUCGCUGCUUUCCUUCUGGCUUUUGGCUCUCGGUUUCACUGGGUUACUUUCCAAAGGGAAUUCAUUACCAAAAUUAGAGCCUCAAAAAUUCCAGUCAGUUUGGAUUCGACCGUUUGAAAUGUCUUCUCCCACAGAAGGCCCUGAUGGCUAUGCAGAAGCACCGUUUACACCGGAUGAUGGUCAAAAACUGAGCACUGGACUCAGUUUUGCAAAGCGUAUUCUGGCCGAUUUUAAACGUGCUGCAGUCCUUUCUGCUUAUCGGUAA